AAGACAUUUGCAGGAUACAGUGAACAAAGUGCAUCCACCAGGGGUGCCCUUUGCAUUUCCAAUGGGAUGAAGUAAUGAACCUUGCGGAUGAGUUGGCAGAGGAAGUGGAGCAGAACUUCGGAUCCUUGCGAGAUUUGGAAGAGGCCUUGGCAGAACUUGCGGACCAGAAUGAACAACUGGAAGAGGAUUGCAGAGAUUUGGAGGCGCACUGCCGCGACUUAGAGCGGCUGGGCUAUCCAUCGCCCUGCCCCGUGGAGCAGCUCCUUGUUGAGGUGGCGGCGCCACCUUCAUCCUCGACGCUGGCAGCAACUCCCACGCCGGAGGCAACGUCAACGGCUGACAAAGACUUUCAGGCUGACGUUGAUGCCGAUGCUCGUGUGCAAGAGCUUUUAAAAGCCCGUGAGAAAACCUUCGCUGCAAUGGCCGAGAUGCAAGAACGUUGCAGUCAUCAGCAGAACGAGAUGGAAAAGUUGCUGAGGGAGCGAUCCAAACUUCAUGACGAUCUGAUGCAGUCGAAUCAGCAGCUUCAGGAGUCAAGGCAGCAAGUGCAAGAACUUCAGGCACAGGUGGAACAGAACGAGCUAGAGACCCUGAGUCAUACUACUGGCGAUGAUGCGUCAUCUGUCGGGGAAAGUCAGCAAGGGUCAACGGCCAACCGAAAAGCGCGCAAAAAACGCAACAUGAGGGGCCCGGGCUUCCGCCAAGCCAAGUGCUUGGAUGAAGGGGUGGAGAUGCCAGAAGCUGGGCACAAGGCCAGGGAUCCCACGGAAGUCUUGGUGCGAAGCCUCACAUCCAGGGCCCAGGCAAGCUCCUUGUGGUAUGAGCUGAUCAUUUUCCUACUGGACAAGGCAGGAGAAGAGGAUUUGCCCAGAGCCACUGCCGAGGGCGAGGUCAGGAGGGAACUUCAACUCAUGGCAUAUCAAAUCCACGAACGGCUUAAGGAGCUUGGUGGAAGCGAAAGCGCGGGAAUGCUGGAAUCUGUUCUGAAGACCGUAGGGAAAGCGACGGACCAGGCCUUCGACUCUGCGGUUCUCUACGUGGACCAGAAGGUCUCGUCACCGUCGAGCACGGUGAAAGACGGCGACCCCGAUGAGACUUUGCAGAGCCCAGCACGAGCGCGGCAGUCUGUUGCAGAGUCGCAAGAGUCAGCAGCCACUUUCAAGCAGACGGCUUCAGAGGCACGUGCACGUCUGCAGGCGCGUCGCAAGCAGCGCAGCAGCGUGCUGAGUGUGGCCACCAGCAAGGGAGAUGGCUAGUCGGAUCUACCACGCCCAAGUAUUGCUGAGCAUCAUGAUGCACCCGUUGCCAGUGCUGACACCACCGCGGUCGGAAAUAUGGAACAGCGGGAGUUUCGACCCGCUGACCCAAAGGAUGUUCCUGGACCACAACUUACAGGAAUCGAUGCCGACAUCAAGGAGAUGUGCCCAGCAAGUCAGCUGUGCAAGUGGCCACCGAAUCAGCUGUGCACGCUCUGAUGCGAUCAAAA